CUCCCAUUGAAUAUUUAUGGCUGCAACCAUGGCCGAAAUAACCCAAGCUAGGGACAUUCCACCAUUGCCUCUAGAUUUGGUAAACGCCGUUAUACAGGAAAUCCAGAAAACCCGUCCUCUUUUCCUUUACUCGUACCCUUUAAACGAUGUCUCACUAGUCGUGCGCCUCUAUCAGUCCGCAUUCUCUGGAUCAACGCCUGUAUCCUCUGCGCAUCUCGCCUGCACCUAUGGAACACUUUAUUUUAUCCUGAGGGAGUUCAGGUAUCUCCAGAGUCCGAUAUGUCAGAAAUUUGAUUUCAAUGAAGCCAUUUCUUUAGCUGAGAAGAAAUUCGAUGUUCUGCUAAAGGACUAUCGCGUUUUGAGCGUGCCUAGUUUCGGGAAUGUGCUUGCUUUGACUCUUGGUGCCAUGAAAGCACAGAACCAAGGAAGUCCAUUCCUCAACUGUACCCUGAUCUCCGCAGCCGCCAGCCACUGCCAGAGUCUGGGAUACAACCAUGACUCAAGCCACGGCAACUCUUCGAACAGUCGCCGGCUUUUCUGGAGCGUGUACAUGCUCGAGAAAGAGGUUUCUAUAUUCUUUGGACGUGCGUCAGCUCUCCAGGAUGCGGAUAUCGAUGUAGCACUGCCAGUAUUCUCUCGCAAGCGACCCGUCGAACGCUGGGAUCGGCUGUUUGAGGCUGGUAUCAAACUUGCGAAGAUUCAGAGACGCAUCUGUAACGAUCUCUAUUCGCGCAAAUCACUCAAGCUAGGCCAAACCGAGCGUGAGAACAAAAUCCAUGAUACUGUGCAGAAGGCUCAUCAUUUUUAUGAUAAUCGGAUGUACUACACACUCACAUUAUCUGAUGGGCCGGAGCGAUUAUUUAGACUAGCAGAAGACAUGCUGGAAACCAAGCGGUCGGCAACAUUAACCACGCUGCUCCGGGCACCCAGUUCGUUGAAAACAGGCCAAACGCAUAUCAGACCGGAAUGUUUCAAGGCCGCUCGCACUACAUUGAAGCUCUACCUACAUUGUUCCAGGGCCUGCGAGCUAGGAGGACUUUCGUCUGAGACGGAAAGGUAUAGAGACUGGGGUCCCCUAUCAUGCAUUCUAACCCCCUUCAUUGUAAUAUCCCUACACGCCAUCGCAUCCUCAAGCGCCGAGGACAUCACCCUCCUCAACGAGGUCGUAUCAACUCUGGAACAAAUUCAGGAUGUUUCGCCCAGCGAGUCCUGUGAAAAACUAUACAAAUUCACCUCCUCAUUCGCUAAAGCCGCAACCGGGUUCGUUCAACGCCACGAGUCCAUUCACUCGGUGUCUAGGUGGCGGUACAGCCAGCAGGACGAUUCGCUAUCCCUUACAAGCAGGGAGAAAGAACCCAGUACUACUGAGAGCCUGCCGAAGGGUCGUCCGGGGUCAUCAGCAACAUUGGCAUCGGCGUCAUCGGUAUUUACUCACAACACAGAUGAGGGGUCAUUGUUCCAGCAGGUUGUGGACGAGGAUAUGCGCGAAAUUAUUGGCGAGGGCGCGGAAGAGCUGUUUCGGGUUCUCGAAGGGUGUAUGGGUGGUGGGUUGGUUUCUGUGUUGGACGUUUUUGGAGGAGGGUUUUUGGAUGUUUAGAGAGUAUAUAUUCCUUCGACUUAAGACACUUCGUACAUGGAUCUUUUUUCUUUGUUAAGAAUUCA